AUGACUUUAGACCCCAUGAUGGCUUGUUGCCUGAGUGAGGAGGCAAAGGAGUCCAAGAGAAUCAAUGCAGAGAUUGAGAAACAACUCCGGCGGGACAAGAAAGAUGCAAGAAGGGAGCUGAAACUUCUUCUCCUGGGUACUGGAGAGAGUGGCAAGAGUACUUUCAUCAAGCAGAUGAGGAUAAUCCAUGGGUCAGGCUACACAGAUGAGGACAAGAAGGGUUUCACUAAACUUGUCUACCAGAACAUCUUCACCUCCAUGCAGGCUAUGAUCCGUGCAACUGAGACCCUCAAAAUCCCAUUCAAGUAUGAACAGAAUAAGAAUAAUGCCCAGCUGGUGCGUGAGGUGGACGUAGAGAAGGUGUCCUCAUUUGAUCAGCCAUACAUUAGUGCAGUAAAGAUGCUCUGGGCUGACCCUGGCAUCCAGGAGGCCUACGAUCGCAGGAGAGAGUACCAGCUCUCCGACUCAACCAAAUACUAUCUAAGCGAUCUGGAUCGUAUUGCUGAACCAUCCUAUCUACCAACUCAACAGGAUGUGCUUAGGGUUCGAAUCCCAACCACUGGGAUCAUAGAAUACCCUUUCGACUUGCAAAGCAUCAUUUUCAGAAUGGUGGACGUGGGGGGACAGAGGUCCGAGAGGAGGAAAUGGAUCCACUGCUUUGAGAACGUUACCUCCAUCAUGUUCCUGGUGGCACUCAGUGAAUAUGACCAGGUCCUUGUGGAGUCAGACAACGAGAAUCGUAUGGAGGAAAGCAAAGCCCUGUUCAGAACCAUCAUCACGUAUCCUUGGUUUCAGAACUCAUCUGUUAUCCUCUUCUUAAACAAGAAGGACCUGCUGGAGGAGAAGAUUAUGUAUUCUCACCUGGUUGACUAUUUCCCAGAGUUUGAUGGUCCUCAACGGGAUGCCCAAGCCGGUCGAGAAUUCAUCCUGAAGAUGUUUGUGGACUUGAACCCAGACAGUGACAAGAUCAUCUACUCUCAUUUUACGUGUGCCACUGAUACGGAGAAUAUCCGCUUCGUCUUUGCAGCCGUCAAAGACACCAUCUUGCAGCUCAACCUGAAAGAGUACAACCUGGUGUGAGGAGAAAGGGAGAGAGCAAGUAGGAAACCUGCAGCCCCAUGCAGUGCAGAGUCCACUUGUAAAAACACACGUGCAUCAAACAUACUGCUGCUCAGAGAUGAACUGCUUCAUACUUUAUUUGAUCAACUAUCCACAUUCUGUCCCUGCUGUCCACGUGUCUCCUUGUUCAUUUGCCCAUGUUUAAAAACAGCAGUGUGUCUUGUAGUUUUGCUUGUCACUUCUUUUGCACAAAUAUGCUUGGAAGAUAAUACGCAACCAUUUGCGCUCCUCCUCCCCCCCCAAUCUUGGGGUCAUCACCUAUGGGCCCUUCCUCCUGAUUUGGCCCUGUCAGUUGCUUACAUCUUUACAUUAUCACCUCAGUGGUGCUUGUGUUUGAAGUGGGUAGAGGGCCUUCUAUGGGAUAAGUAAGCUGUUAUGGACAAAGGGCUCACACCCUUUUUUUUCUUUUUACCCAUGCAUGUUCAAAACUACAGCAUCGGGCAUGAGGCUGCUCUGUAGACCUCACACUCUGCUACUCUGCAAAGGGUCAAUAAUUAUGAUGUUAGGGGUAAAUCAGCUGCAGACAGUGAAGUACUUGGCUCCCAUAGGUUUGAAGUAUGCUACUUUUGUGGGGAUAUUACAUCAACCUGCACCACAUCAGAAGCCACCAACUGUAAAUAAGGUCGUCACGCCACACUCAAAGAUGGCAGGUGAGACAGAAACAACUACAUGUUCUCCAUUUAGACUUAAUACAUUUUUCAACAAUGUUGGCUAUUUGGUCAACAUUAAUAUUUAUUGUGAUGUUUGUAUUGAUAUUGCUUUCGGAAGGUUUGACACUUUUUUUUUUUUUUUUUUCUCAAGGGGCAAAAUGACUAGACUACUCAAUUGAAGCAAAAGUCAGGUUUUCACACAAUGUAUAAUAUAUAGAAUUUGACAUUUCCUGUCCCUGUAAUUUUGUAUCACAUAUCCAAAUUUAAGGAGGAAAAAAAACUUUUGUAAAUAUUUUGGCAGUAUAUUUCCCAUCCCUGAAGUGGUUUAUAUGCCUAUAAAAAAAAAAAACAAUUUGGGAAUUUAUUCCUCAUGUAAAAGCAAGAAUUUAGUGUUUUAUGGUAGUUCAUUCUGAUAUUGGUGGCAUGUUUCAUAUUUUGUGGCAUUCUUUUAUUUAAAUAGUUGUCUGAAUCACAAAUAUAUUGACUUUUUUCUCCCAUUACUUUGAGCACAGUCCGUUCGGUUGUUUAAGAUUUAACCUUUUGAUCUGCCAAUUCAAAGUUGGCUUUGUCUAUUCUCAUGGCUUUUCUUUGAUUAGUUUUAAAUUGCCAAAUUAUUCAGCCAACAUUUGGAAAACUGCUUGAUAGCACAACAGUAAAUGUUGGUUUCUUGUGUCUUUGAUCAGUUUUAUGUAUUGCUGAUACAGUGAGAACUUCUCCCUUGUUUCAGUUCAAGCUUUUCCAACAGAGGAGAUUUUAUACUGCUGUAAAAUAUCAAAACUAUUUUAUGGACAAGUGAUCUUUCUAUUGAUACUUCAUAUAUCUAACUUGUUGCAGUUCUGUUUUGAAAAUGCCUGAAAGUGGAAACCCAUAUUUCCAUUGCAGGUUUGUGCUUUAUGCAAAUAGGAAAAAGAAGAAAAAAAAAGGUGGUUGAGUAUUAACUGUUUAAGGAUGCUUGCAUUUUUGCAAUAUUUAAGGAUAUAUGUUGGCUAUUGGUACCAGUCUCAUUGUCUCUUGCCUGCAGUUGUUUAAAUAUUCCACUAAGAGUUGAUAUGUGGCUAUUUUUGUUUUCACAAUGUAAUUCAGGUAAGUUUUCAUGACUUCUUUAUCCAUCACAAGGGC